CAUUCCAAAACAUUCACAGUCACUGAGCAGCAGCAAUGACUGAUAUUUUGGAGGAGCGGCCAUUCGGCUCGCAGUAUAGCAAAGUCUAUCUCUCGAUUUUUGUCCUUUUUUGCUUCAAACUUUUUGUCAAGAUCAGCUUAAACAUACUGACCCACUUCUAUGCGGUUAAAGGAAACCGCAAGGAGGCGGCCCGGAUCGCAGCUGAGUUUUAUGAUUUUGGUCAAGGGCACAGUUCAUGGGCAGAUCGUUCUCCACUCCAUGAAGCUGCAUGUCAGGGUCGACUCCUGGCUCUUAAGACUCUUCUCUCACAGGGUCACAAUCCAAAUAUCAUCACCAUUGAUCACGUGACUCCGCUACAUGAAGCUUGUCUUGGAGAUCAUGUAGCAUGUGCCAGAGCUCUCAUAGAGGCCGGUGCCAAUGUAAAAGCCACGACCAUUGACGGUGUGACCCCGCUGUUUAACGCCUGCUCGUCAGGAAGUUUCACCUGUACAGAGGUGCUUUUGGAACAUGGAGCAAAACCACAGGCAGAAGCUUGCCAACCUUCACCCAUUCACGAGGCAUCGAGCAAAGGUAGGGCAGCAUGUAUAGAGGCUCUCAUCUCGUGGGGAGCAGAUGUAGAUUACGACAUCCCCCAUCUAGGAACACCUCUCUACAUUGCCUGUGUCUCCCAACAGCUCCAGUGUACACAGAAACUUCUGGAUGGAGGAGCCAAUGUGCAGAAGGGCCGUUUCCUAGACACUCCACUACACGCUGCAGCUCAGAAGGACUGUCCAGAUAUCAUCAGACUGCUACUAGAGUUUGGCGCUAACAUCAACGCUCGCAACAUGGAGCUGCAAAGGCCGGUGGAGACAGCGCCACCCAGCAGUACGGCAGAGUCUACGCUCCUUCUGUAUGAAGCCACGCCACAGUCUCUGUGUCAGCUGUGUAGACUGAGUAUCCGAAACUAUAUGGGCCGAUCCAGACUGCACCUGAUUCCUCACCUCAAACUGCCUUCUCUGCUCAAGAGUUUCCUCCAGUACAGAUAGACUCUCAACCUUACUCCACAAAGCCCCUCCUCCCUUUAUUUUCUUAUAUUAAAUGCAUUAAUAUACAAAUAAGGUCAUUACAUUUUGUUUGUGACCACCAACGCACAGAAAACACUAUCACAAUAGCCAUUCAUUUAACUUAAUUUAAGUUCAAAUGUUUAUUUUUAAAUAAUUAUAUUUUUGUGCAACUAAUGCAACACAAGUUGAGUAUUUUUAUAUAAUCACAGUAGUGUAAAUUUAUCAGUUGUAACCUGCACUAUAUAAGCUGCAUGCCUAAUAUGAUACAUAUAUCUCAUCAGGGUGAAAUCAUUAAAGUGCAUGUCAGUAUAAUGAAUUUUUAAUUUGUUAUCACACUAAUGUAAAAAAAAAUUAGAGGAUAACUGUUUAGAAUUCACUAAA